UGAAUAUUGUUAUGAUUUUAUUACUUAGGUGUUAAUUAUAUUUUAUGUUGUUUUUAAUAAAUACAUAUUAUCUUCAGUGAGUUUUCCUGGACAGCUGGUUUGUUAGCCGUUAGCUGCAGACUCGUCAUGAGGUUUCAUCAGUCCGGACCGGGCUCUGACGGUGAGCUGUGUUGUUGUUUGCGGUCAGACAGACCAGACCUGUAAGUACAGACCUGUGGAUUUCUGAGUCACGUGACUCGGCUCCURCAACCUGCUGCUGCUGCCGGCCGGCUGCUCCCAGCUUUCAAACAAUAACAGCAGGAUGGCGGAGGCCCCCUCCUCCUGUGACUGUUUUGUGUCCCUGCCACCUGGUUCUCGUGACGACCAGGUGAUUUUUGGGAAGAACUCAGACCGACCCCGGGAUGAGGUGCAGGAGGUGGUCUACUGCCCAGCAGCGUCCCAUCCUCCAGGCUCCACACUGGAGUGCACCUUCAUCCAGAUCCCUCAGGUGGACCGGACCCACGCCGUCAUCCUCAGUAAGCCCGCCUGGAUGUGGGGCGCUGAAAUGGGAGCUAAYGACCGAGGGGUGUGUGUCGGGAACGAGGCGGUCUGGACCCGGGAGCCUGUGGCCCCCGGAGAGGCCCUGCUCGGAAUGGACCUUGUUCGGCUGAGCUUGGAGCGCGGUGACAGCGCCCGGACAGCGCUGACGGUGAUCACGGACCUCCUGGAGCUCCACGGUCAGGGGGGUCAGUGCCGGGAGGACCCAGAACCCUUCAGCUACCACAACACCUUCCUCCUGGUGGACCGCAGCGAGGCCUGGGUGCUGGAGACGGCUGGACGGCUGUGGGCCGCACACAGAGUUCCAGCUGGAGUGAAGAACAUUUCCAAUCAGCUGACCAUCGGCACAGAGAUCUCAGCGGAGCACCCGGAGCUGCGGACCGUGGCUCGGGAUCAGGGCUGGUGGGACGGCCAAGAACCGUUCCACUUCUCUCAGGUCUUCAGCCCCGAGAACCCGCCUGCCAGGAUGGAGCUGGCCAAGAGGCGGUACCAGGGAGGAAGAGAACUCCUGCAGAAACACGAAGGUUCAGUAAGACCUGGUCUUUGUGUCUCAGGCUCGGUCACAGCUGAGGUGAUGAUGUCCAUCCUGAGGGACAAACCCAGCGGUGUCUGCAUGGACUCUGGAGGGUUCCGCACCACAGGCAGCAUGGUCUCUGUCCUGCCCACARACCCCAGCCUGCCUUGCAUCCACUUCUUCACUGCGACCCCGGACCCCUCCAGGUCUGUCUUCAAACCCUUCAUCUUCUCGGACCACUCCGCUCCGGUCCUGAGCGUUGUCUCCCCACAGUUCGGACCGGAGGACCCGGCCAGGAAACAGCCGAGGUUCCAGACCCGGGUGGACCGCAGACACGACCUGUACAAGGCCCACCAGGGGGCGCUCAUCACCAUGGAGACCGAACGGGAGGAAGCUUCGGCUGUUUACAGCAUCCUGAGGGACCUGGAGUCCCAGUGUCUCACUGAGAUUUCAGCUAUGCUCAGCGGGGACGUCCCAGGAGACGAGCUGGGAGACCUGUUCUUGGACUGCGUGGACACAGAGAUCAAGUUCUACCAGUGAGCAGCGUCCUCAGGUGGACAUCUUCAGGACUCGCAGAGAGGACCCGGUUCUGCUCAAACCCCCCGUCGUCCACGCCGGCCCGAUGUUUCGGCUGUGCUUUUAUCAUCUGUCUUUGCGGAGCYGCACCUGGUUAGAGUUUACCUGAUGUAGAAAAACAUUUAGAGCCAUGAGGCGAGUCAGAAACACGGUGGGAACGAUUCCUUCAACAGUUGUUUGGUUUGACGGAUGCCCGUAGCAUAGAUGUAAUAAAAAUGUUCAUAGUUUCUCCUAAA